GUAACUCUUUUGUUUGCCAAAGCAUCCCUCACAUUGCUACAUGCCUGACCGGAGACAGUACCCACCAGCACCUACUUUACACCAAGACAGACAGUGUUUGCUUCCCAAGAGCUUUGGACUGAGAAGAGUUGGAGUCAAGAGAAAAAAGGGAUGAAUUUGAUCAACAGGAAAGAGGAUUUGUUGCUAAUUCCUGCUAAGGAUUACUUAGAUGCCUUCAAGAAUGUGUCCAAAUAUUUAUGCCUAAACUCACAAAUGGAUUCUAUGUAAAAGAGCUCAAUUUACUGGUUGAAAUUCAAGACCUGAAAGUGGUUACUUGAGACACCGAGAGAUGACUCUCCGCAGGCCAGCUGCCCACCCAAGGAGGGCUCCGGGCUGGAGGAGGUCAGGAGACGAGUCCCAUUGGGAGAACUUUAUGUCAGGAGAAGAAUCUUUACUUCGAAGAUCUCUCUUUUCCCCUGCGCCUCGGCCGCAAAGCGCCAUUGAGGGGCGCCAACUAGACUUUUGGCUGGAACACCUCAAGACAAUGCAGAGCCAAGGCCAAUCACCAAUUCACAAUACAUCAUUGGAUGAUCGAACUGCAUCCAUGCCUGUUCUCGAGGGACAGGCACCAAGAAGAGCAUGGAAGCAGACAGACUUUUCUUCCUUCAGCGCAGCCUCGUCUUCAUGUGGGAGCUCACCUAGCAGCCAGGAGUCCCUCCAAACUGUGUGGUUUCCCACUCCAGAGCGCAAGGGAGGCUGGGAGAAAGCUCACAUUGUGCAGUCGCCAUCAAAGGAACAAACUCAGUUCAGUUAUCUUGCUCCAGUCAAAACUGGUUGGUUGCCAAUCCAGAGAAGAGUAAUGACGGUGGGGAACACUUGCACUCAAAACCAGCACUUGGACGCAUCAGGUGGCCAAGUGAAACUGAAACAGCCCAUCACUCCAGCAUUUCAAAAGAAUGAUGACAUGCAAUGUUCAAAAGCAGAGGCAGAAAGAAGUCACACCAGUCCCAGUGCUCCGGGUGUGAAGACAAGGAGGACAACAGAUAGAGGCGCUUCUGUUAACGAGGGGCCUGAAAAACUUCACUCUGCAGUAAACCGACUUCCCAGCUGGAACACUCUGAGGACAGGCUGGAAGCCCAACAGAGCAUCAGGUCCUUUGGGAGGAAAUAACUGCAAUGAACUCACCAGGGAGUUGGAAUUAGAACUCCACAAGAAAUCACAUCUGAUAACAAAAACAAUCACAGAACCCACUAAACGUUCACCUCUGCAUUGCACAGCUUCUGCUGAUCCAACUGGUCAUCACAGUUGGCUACAAGGGUCAAAUACAACGAACACACAGAGGCCUCAUACUGCUCUGCAAAAAACAAGCAGUAUUCAGCCUCUAAAGGCCACGGUCUUUUAUGGGACUAACAACAGUUCAGAAUCUUCACACAUACAGACAAGUUCAGCCGCGGCCACCCUCAUCCCUCAGAACAAAGCAGGCAUCUCUUCCAUCACCAUCUCCUCCAGAAAAGUGAGCAGAUCAGCCAGCUUGCCCGGGUCCCGAUCCAGAAAGUCUCCUUCUCCUCUCCCACCAGAGUGCAAGCCCAUGGACCCAAACUCCCAGAAAGUUAGAGUGCAGAGGAAAGCUACUAUAGUGAAAGUGACAGAGCAGAGAGUUAUAUCAAGCUCUACUCCGGACAGCAGUCAUCCGGGAAACGUACCCUCUGGCAAUGCUUUGGACACUGUAGUUCGGCGAAGAAAGGCCACAAUCAUUAAAGUGACAGAGCAUAAGGAGAGUUACAGUCCAGGCAAGAUAACACCCAGAAAUCCAGAGUACAGACACAGCUACACUGAAGGACUGUAUAAGAAUAACAGCAUGCCGAGUCAAGAAAACCACAUGGAAAACAGUAAAGUACCUGCUUAUCAUCUGAAUUCCUCGCCAAGUGCAACUGUCCCAAACACAUUCUCUUCAGAUGGACAGAAAAACGAAACCAUGCACAGAUCUACACUGAAACUUUUUCUUAGCAACCCCCCUGCCAUUGCAUCCUCUGUUUUGGAGCCUCGACUAAGGGCUGCUGGACAAAGAUCUGAGAGGCCGCAAAGACCACUGAGCUGCUACGGCAGUUUGACUGAACACUCUAAGCAGAAAAAGGAAGGUGUUUCACAAUACUCUGACUGGAAGCAGAGCUCCGGUCUUCCACAGGACACCUCUAUCAAUCAUGUGGACUUCGACCUCCUUUUCACCAGCUCUGGAAAAGCAGCGAAGGAAGAAGGUGUGCCCAUGGCAGCUGACAGGCUCACACCAAACAGAAAUGAGAAAGAAAGACUGCCACCGACAGUGGAUGGAACACGCAGAGCCUCCCCAAGUCUCACUCUCAUCAAGGCCCCGGAUCCUGACUCCCAUCAAUCUCAAGAGGAAGUGCUCGCCCUCAAUGCGGCCGCGAUUAUAGCGAACAUCAAACUCCAGAGGCAGCUUAGUAAGAAGAAAACACCAAGUGGCGAUUCAGAGAGGGCCUCCACGGAUUCUCCCCAGGGAAACGCUGAAGUGAUGGAUGAGAGAAAAUCUAUAAAUUCCAAGAAAAGCGAAGCCCGGCAUCACAAGCGGUCUCAUGCUGAAUUUAUUUCACUGAGGCCAGAUCAUGAUGGGUCAACUGAGAGUGCCUCCCUUCAGGGAGCGCUGCAAAGGUGCAGACCAGUAUUCAUCAGCCGCUCCCAGGAAAGAGUGCAAACACUGGCACGGAAGGUGCAGGAGAGACGGGAGCGGUCGAAAGCGGGGAAGCUGGAGUGGAGAAGGGAUCAGCUCAGGCAGCUGAGGGCCCACAGCAGCACAGGGUCUACCUCUGUGAAUGAUAACCUUUCCACAGACGGAGGUAUUUCCCAGAGAGAUGUGCAGUUCAGAUCUAAGAGGCGAGUGGCAGCUCCGUCUCUCCCCCGACAGGCUGACUGAUGCCAUCCUCGUCUGCAGACUUUUCCCUGUCUUUUGUGCGGCUACCUUUGCAUGAGAGAACCUGAGCCCAUGUCAGUGAGAUCUCUUCAGUAUUCUACUUGGGUUGAUCUGUCUAAAACCUCUGCUCUGAAUAAACUCUUUUGUCCUUUC